AUGUCCUCUUUAUUCGACGACGACGACGACGACGACGACGACGACGACGACCACGGCGACAACGAGGAUGCCAUCUUCCAAUCCCAUUACCGCGGCGACUCCUCAGCCAGCGCCUCCCCCUCGCCCCCGCCCCUCCAGCACCACCACAACUUCUUCGCGCCGCCCUUCUACGGCCGCCCCCCAACACCACUCCCCCCCUCGCCCUCUCUCACCUCCCUCCUGCGCCCGUCCCGUCCCACGACGCCCGACACCUCGGCCGACGAGCUCGAGCCCGUGCCGCGGGCCUCGCCCAAGGUCCCGACCUACGAGUACUACGGCUUCGUGCUCUACCUGUUCUCGUCCCUGACGUUCCUGAUGUACCUGCUGUGGUCCUACCUGCCCUCGCCGUUCCUGCACGCCCUGGGCAUCUACUACUACCCCAACCGGUGGUGGUCGCUGGCUCUGCCGUCGUUCCUGGUGAUGCUGCUGGUCUACAUCUACGUGGCGCUGGCGAGCUACAAUACGGGCUACCUCACGCUGCCCAUGAGCAGUAUCGAGACGAUCAUUGAUGAUGCCGCCAACGUGGCAACCAUUGACGGGCGGGGGAGACAGGCUGCCAGUAAUGCUGGCGGCGGCAGGGAUAAGGCCAAGGAGCGGAGGGAGAGGGACCCGAGGGGGGAGAAGACGAUAAAGGACUGGAGGGAGCUUUGGAGUCAGGGGACAGAUGCUGUGAUGGAUGUGCCGUUGGGAGGGGUGUGCGAGGUUCUGUAUGGCGAAUUGAGAGAAGACAGUAGUGAUGUCGGGUGA